UCGAAAGAUGUCAAGAUCAAGGAUAUGUUCUUCGUCUCUUCAUUAUCCAGGACUUUUAAGAACUCUCUCUCGAACUUUACUCCUCAUCAAAGAAAAAUAAUAUAAAGAUAUUUGGUUCCAAGAAACAACAUGUCAUCUACUCCUAUGGCGAUAGACUCUCCAAUAGGAUCAAAUGGCACCUCCAUAUUAAAAGCAAAUGGAGUGUCAUCAGUACCAUCAACUGCCAAGCUUACGGAGAUGAUCUCUCUGUAUACUCCUGUCAAGGUAAGUUUGGUUACUCGAAAGAUAGGAGCAAUUACUAAUGCGUCAAGCUAUUUCGACAUGCUCCUACUCCUGCUGACAAGGGACAAACUCCACCAAGUUACAACUUUAUACAAUCAAUCAACUUUAAUGAUAACGGCAGCCAGCUUAUUACAUCAGAAACUGAUAAUACUAUGCAAAUUUAUGAUGUUCUCGAAGGAAGACAUUCAAAAAUGAACAUUAGUGCUAAGUAUGGUUGCAACCAUGCCAUGUUUGGCCAUGCCGAGCACUGUAUAAUACAUUCUAGUACCAAAAAAGAUCGUAAGUCAUAACCUGAUGUUCGGUCGUAACAAUUCUAAGCAAUGCAGACAAAAUACGUUACCUCUCGGCUCAUGAUAACUCCUAUAUUCGUUACUUUGAGGGCCAUGAACAAAAUGUCACAUGUCUAUCCCUCCAUCCUGGUCAGGACAAUUUCAUUUCAUGCUCUGAAGAUAACACUCUUCGGAUAUGGGACGCAGCUUCCAACAAUCCUGCUGGUAUCUUGAAUCUCACCGGUGUUCAUCUCGUGGCAUGGGAUCCAUCUGGAAACGUCUUUGCAACUGCUUCUCCGCUAGCUCAAUCCAUUUUACUGUAUGACUUUCGCAACUUCGACAAAGAACCUUUUGCUACUUUUGACAUAUUACCGUUCUGUCAAGAGUUCUCUCCGCAAGCAAUUGGAAGGGGGUGGAAUAAAUUAGCUUUUUCGAAUGAUGGGAAACACUUACUACUAGGCACGACUGGCAAUGGCCAUUUCUUACUGGAUGCAUUUGACGGACAUCUAAAAGCAUUUUUAAGGAGGGAUAGAGGUGGUGCCAGAAGAUUGGGAGCAGGAGAUCACAAUCCAGAUAAUUUGGAUCCUUCAUCAAGUGAAUAUCUCCAUACCACUGCGGGAGACUGCUGUUUUACUCCUGAUGGAAGAUAUGUAAUCAGUGGAUCUCGAGGCAAAAAUGUCUUGGUAUGGGAUACACUUGCAGCUACGACAAAUCGGGUUCUCAAUCCUUUGCAUGAAUUGGAGUAUGCAGGCGAUUCGGCAAUUGUAGCUUUUAACCCCAAGUAUAACCAUUUUGCUACGGCGGAUCAGGAAGUUUUGUUUUGGGUCCCGAAUACGGAUAUGCUCUGAUUAUCACUUUCUGGGUGCAUAUUCCUUGUGGCUAGCGAUUUUCAUCUUAUAUUCCUGAUCGGCAAUACCCAGGUGAUGCAUGGAUAGGCGUCGGUGGAAAAGGAGUCUGGCUCAUCUUUUGGGCAAAAGUAAUU